AUGUGUGUGCAGAGGGAGUGGAUGAAGAAGGUCGAUCGACGAGUGCCUGUUCUUGGUAUGGUCACCGAGACCAGUGACGAGCGCCAUACCGACGAGACUGAUGAGAACAGUGGUGAGACGCGUGAGGUCGGUGGAGAAUGGAAAGAGAAUGACUGGAAGAGCAUUGCCGGUACAAACGACUGUCCAUGGAACGAGCUGGAUUCCUAG